CCGAGCCACUGCUGGAUCCUCGUGCACGGCCUCCACGGCACGCCCUUCGACAUGAGCCACCUCGCCGCGGCCGUCGAGGCGCGCUGCCCGUCGGACGCGCUCGUCCACGUCGCGGAAGCGAACGCGGGCCGGACGCUCGACGGCGUCGCCGCGGGCGGCGACCGCCUCGUGCGCGAGAUCUCCUCGGUGCUGCGCGGCAAGCCGAAGGUGGACAAGCUGAGCUUCGUCUGCCACGACCUCGGCGGCCUCUACGCGCGCUACGCGCUCAAGGCGCUCUGGGCGGGCGGCGCGGUCCGCGAGUGGGACGAGGGCGGCGGCGAGCCCGCGGCCUUCGAGGGGUCCCUCGCCGCGGCCGAGGCCUGCCGCCCGCGCGGGGUCCGCGCGGGGUCCGGCGCCGGCGCCAAGGCCCUCGGCGGCACCGCGCGGCUCGCGAACUUCGUGACCUUCGCGUCGCCGCACCUCGGGUCGCCGCGGCUCGCGCGGCGCUGCGACGGGGGCCCGAAGACGCGCCGGGAGCUGCUCCUGGAGGACCGCGCGCCCGUGCCGGGCCGGCCGGCGCUGCCGCUGGUCCUGCGGCUCGCCCUCGACGACGACUUUCUGGCGCCCCUCAAGUGCUUCCGCCGGCGCGCGUGCUACGCGAACGUCAAGUACGACCGCUCCGUCGAGUACGCGUCCGCGUCCGUCCGCGAGAAG